AGGAUGAGGUUGCAGUUGAUAUGGAGUUUGCCAAGAAUAUGUACGAGCUGCACAAGAAGGUUUCUCCCAGUGAAAUCAUCUUGGGGUGGUAUGCUACAGGCCACGAUAUUACGGAGCAUUCUGUCCUGAUCCAUGAGUACUACAGUCGAGAGGCACACAGUCCAAUCCACCUAACUGUGGACACCAGUCUCCAGAAUGGACGUAUGAGCAUUAAAGCCUAUGUCAGUGCUCCAAUGGGGGUCCCUGGCAAAACCAUGGGAGUGAUGUUUACACCUCUGACCGUGAAAUACAUUUACUAUGACACGGAGCGGAUAGGAGUUGAUCUCAUCAUGAAGACCUGUUUCAGCCCUAAUAGAGUGAUUGGUUUAUCCAGUGACUUGCAGCAGGUGGGGUCAGCAUCAGCUCGGAUACAGGAUACACUGGGUAUGGUGCUGCAGUAUGCAGAAGAUGUGCUGUCUGGGAAAGUGUCUGCUGACAACACAGUUGGGCGUUUCUUAAUGGAUCUUAUUAACCAGGUGCCAAAGAUUUCACCAGAGGACUUUGAGACCAUGUUGAACAGCAAUAUCAAUGAUCUGCUGAUGGUGACCUAUUUGGCAAACCUCACACAGUCUCAGAUUGCUCUCAAUGAAAAACUCCUGAGCUUGUAACAAACAGGCUCUCUAACCAUCUCUCUCAUUUGGCUGAGAGCUGGAAGAUACAGCAGAGAUCUCCUACAGUGUUUCGCUGCUGAAUUUAUUUGGACCAUAAUUUAAUUGCUUAAAUGACUUGAUUGUCCGUGUCCUUCCCAACUCUCCUGAAAAUAUGAGACUGGUUCAGAUU